AUGACUUUCAAAGCUCAGGAAGUCGAAUCCGGUUCUAGCCCUCAAACAACAUCGGUAUUGCCAGAAGGCUAUGUCACGAACCAAGAUGGAAUGGAUGAUGAUGAACGCGUGCUUGUUUCCCUUGGGUAUAAACAGGAAUUUAAGCGCGAGUUCUCCCUCUGGACCACGUUCUGCGUCAGUUUCUCAAUACUAGGGCUGCUACCUUCGUACGCUAGUACCAUGAGUUAUGGGAUGGGUUAUGCAGGCACUUCUAUGGUGUGGGGAUGGAUAAUCGCAAUGAUGUUUCUCCAAUGCGUUGCCAUGUCUAUGGCAGAGUUAUGCUCGUCGAUGCCAACAAGUGGAGGGCUUUAUUAUGCCGCUGCAGUGCUUGCCCCCGCAGGAUGGGGACCAUUUGCAGCAUGGAUAACUGGAUGGUCCAACUGGAUGGCACAGGUAACCGCGGCGCCAUCAGUGAACUAUGGCAUAUCUGGGAUGAUUCUGGCAGCUGCGUCAGUUAUGAAUCCAGGAUAUGUCCCACAGCCUUACCAUACUUUCCUUUUGACAGCGCUAUUCAUGAUAAUCCACGGAAUUAUAAGCAGUAUGUCAACAAAAUGGCUUGCAGAACUGAACUCAUACGGGUCAACGUUUAACAUCAUCUUUUUGAUUAUUGUCAUCAUCGCAAUCCCGGCGGGAACAAGCAACGUUCCUAGGUUCAAUUCGUCCGCAGACGUCUGGGGGACGAUCCACAACCGCACGUCUUAUCCCGACUGGUUUGCGGUCCUCAUGUCCUUUCUAAGCGUCAUAUGGAUCAUGUCGGGAUACGACUCUCCAUUCCACCUGAGUGAAGAGUGCUCCAAUGCAAAUAUUGCUUCCCCAAGAGCAAUUGUAAUGACAUCUGGUAUCGGCGGCAUCAUGGGCUGGUUCCUCCAACUUGUGGUUUCAUACACAGUGAGAGAUAUAGAUGAGGUGAUAAAUUCUGAGCUAGGACAGCCUUGGGCUUCAUACGUUUUUCAGGUGAUGCCAACCAAGUUGGCACUUGCCAUCAUCGCUGGGACUGUUGUCUGUGGAUUUUCGAUGGGACAGGCGUGUAUGAUAUCUGCUUCUCGCGUAACUUACGCUUACUCUCGUGACGAUUGCUUCCCUUUUUCCAAUAUUUGGAAGCAAAUCAAUCCCUACACCCAAACCCCGGUAAACGCAGUGUGGUUCAACUGUGCUCUGGGUAUUUCGGCUACUCUCCUCAUAUUCGCGGGUGAUGUUGCAAUGGGUGCCAUAUUUUCUAUUGGUGGUAUUUCGGCAUUAAUCGCCUUUUCGAUACCGAUUGCCAUUCGAGUUUUGUUUGUCACAGACCGAUUUCGGGCCGGGCCAUGGAGUUUAGGGAAAUAUACCACUUACAUAGGGAUACCUGGUGUAUGCUUUGCCAUUUUGAUGCUGCCAAUCCCUGAGGGUCAAGAUUACACUAACAUGCCGUUAAUACGGUUCAGGCUAUCAGAUAUGAACUGGACUUGUGUUGUAUAUGGAGGCCCUAUGGUUGGAAUCAUUAUCUGGUGGAUUGUUGAUGCACGAAAAUGGUUCAAGGGCCCCAAGGUCAACCUUGAACAUGCCAUGCUCUCACGAGAUAACGGCCGCACCACUGAGGAUAGCACUAACAGUUUACUAUAA